AAAUGAAUAAAUAUUGUCAAGAAUUAUCCCCGCUCUUCUCCUUGUCAUGACACACAAAGCCAACCAUACCAGAUCGUGACUGCGGAAAAGUGACAAUGGAUGAAAUUAAGGAUAAAUUUGUCGGCAAAUGGAAGCUAGAUCGGAGCGAACGAUUUGAAGACUUCUUGUAUGAAUGUGGUGUAAAUUUCUUUGGUCGCAAGAUGGCAGGAAUGGCGAAACCUGUGUCAGAGAUUUCUGUAAAAGAAGAUGGUAGAGUUCAUAUUUCCAUGGUAACAUCUUUUAUGACACAGGGGGACAGUUUUCUACUUGGUGAAGAAUUUGAAAAGGACAUGCGUGGAAAUAAAAUGGUGGGAAAGUCAUCAUAUAAAGAUGGAAAGAUUAUCAUAGAAUACACUCCGACAGAUCCCAGCAUUAAACCACAGAAGGUGACCCGAGAAGUUGUGAACGGGGAGUUAGUACAGACAAUGGAAAUUGGUGAUGUGAUUUGUAAACGCUAUAUGAAGCGAAUGGAUUCUGAGGUUUAGCGGCUUGUGUGAUAUUCAUAGCAGCUGGACGUUCUAGUGCAAUUUUCGUGGGAAAUGAAUGAUCAAUGUUGUAACACUUUAUGAUGACUUAUUUACAACUAUAAUAAUUGAUGUUUUCAUUUAAAAUACAUUAUAUAAGUAUAGAUAAAUGUAUCGGAGCAUGAUGUAUGUUUGAUUAUUUUUAGUUCAUUUAUAAUAAAAAUAGAAUGAUCAAAA